GCCGAACGUCGAGCAUUUCGGCGAUCGACGUCGAAGCCGGCAUCCAUGAAAUAUUUUAAAUAUCAAAACACAUUUAACACGUUAACUGCUAUCGUGAAAACGUUAAUGAAUGAUAAUGUGAAUCGGAUUUUUAUGCGUAAUAAUUUAUUUUUAACUAAUUUAAUUUUACGCAAGAAUGAAUAUGAUGAUACUGUUUUGUGCGAUAAGAACAUCUGUAUCAACGAAUAAUAUUAAUGUUGUGUGAUUUUAAAAGUACGAUCGUGUUCUUUAACUGUAUAAACUAUUAUACAGUGACGAUUAAUCGUAGAUUAAGGAAGCUGCUUCGGCUCCACUCAGAAGAGGACCAUAGUAGGCGGCUGGGCCUGGGCGUGGUGGCUUGUCACAGAUGUACAGCGUAUAUCCCUCGAGGUUAUGACACUUAACCCGAUGUGCGAAUACGUGGAGACGGCGCAAGGCGUGCCGCUCACCGUGACCGGUGUGGCGCAGUGCAAGAUCAUGAACGAGGACGAGCUGCUCACCACCGCGUGCGAGCAGUUCCUGGGGAAGUCCGUCAAGGAGAUCAAGAUGACCAUCCUGCAGACGCUGGAAGGCCACUUGCGUGCUAUAUUGGGAACGCUUACAGUCGAAGAGGUGUACAAGGACAGAGACCAGUUCGCGGGGCUGGUCCGCGAGGUGGCGGCGCCAGACGUCGGGCGGAUGGGCAUCGAGAUCCUGUCGUUCACGAUCAAGGACGUGUACGAUGACGUCCAGUACCUGGCCAGCUUGGGGAAGGCGCAGACGGCGGCCGUGAAGCGGGACGCUGAUAUCGGUGUGGCGCAGGCCAAUAGGGAUGCGGGAAUACAAGAAGCAGAAUGCGAGAAGACUGCAAUGGACGUGAAAUACGCAAUGGACACCAAAAUAGAAGACAAUGCUAGAAUGUACAAGCUGCAAAAGGCGCAGUUCGACCAGGAAGUCAAUACUGCUAAAGCAGAGUCCGCAUUAGCCUACGAGUUGCAGGCCGCGAAGAUCAAACAGAAAAUACGAAACGAAGAAAUACAAAUCGAAGUUGUGGAGCGUCGCAAACAAAUCGAGGUGGAACAGCAAGAAAUUUUGCGUCGCGAAGAAGAGCUGAUUGCAACCGUUCGUUUGCCGGCCGAGGCUGAGGCGUACCGUUUGCAGACCAUUGCAGAGGGAAAACGGACCCAAACUGUGGAAGCGGCGAAAGCAGACGGUGAGCGGAUCAAAGUGCUCGGUCUGGCCGAAGCGCACGCAAUCGGCGACGUGGGUAAAGCGGACGCCGAGCGGAUGCUCGCCAAGGCGAAGGUCUACAAGCAGUAUGGUGACGCGGCUAUUAUGGCUCUCGUACUUGAAGCCCUGCCCAAGAUCGCCGCCGAAGUAUCAGCGCCUCUGGCGAAGACGGAUGAAAUAGUGAUGGUGGGAGACACCGGCGCUACGGGCGACAUCGCGCGCCUCGCCGGCGCCAUCCCGCCCGCCGUGCGCACGCUCACCGGGCUCGACCUCACGCACGUGCUCAAGAGAUUGAACCCUCCAGAAGAUCUACCUUCAUCCGGUCUUAAGAAAAAGGAAGUGACAGCUUGCUAAAUGGUGAAACAUACCAGUUUUCAAGUGCCAUAGAAUUACAACUUUAAUAAUUUACUUCUUAUAUACUCGUAAUUAUUAUGGAAAGGGUCAUUACUAUCCGAAGUACAAUCACGAACAAAUAUUUUAAAGAAUUGAUGGACAGUUUUAUUUAUUUAUUUUGCAAUACCUACCUCUUAAGUCGAAGCAAGAUUAUGAUACCACCGUCUUUACUAAUAUAGUAUAGAUAUUGUACAGUUAAGGUGAAAGGUGUUUGCUAUCAAAAUGUUUAUUUUUAUUUUAUUUGUAGCUACUUGACUAAUAUUGUGUAAACGAGUGUCAGUUUUUAUGGAUUCAGAAUGAUCAAAUGAUAACGCCAUUGGAUUGACAGGAAAUUAUCUAAUAUAUAUAUAUAUAAUAUAUAUAAAACAAUAAUGCACUGUUUAUCCUACUCAGUAACCUGUAAUAGAGAAGAAAUUUUGAAACUCGUACAAUUUGUACAUUAUAGUACCUGCCCUAGUUGAAAUCUCUGUGCACGCCCCUGCGUAUUAUAUAUUUUAGUUAAAUUAUACUCUGAUGGUGUUAAUGAUAAAUGUAUAAGUCGCAAUUUCGUGUGAAUUAUAUUUUAGAAAGUGAUAUUACUUAUUCUUUUAAAACAUUUUGGUAGCUAACUUAUCUCUAACGGUGACGUCAUUAUUUGUAAAGUGUUAUAAUAACUUUUCAGUGUGAAGACUUCGAUCACGAUCAGUCUAUAUGUAUGUCAUAAAUAUGAGUUUUGGGAUCUGCUAACAAAUUUUAAGUUUUACCAUAUCAAAUGUAAAAAGUCUGAAGAAACAUUACAAAUAAUGACGUAUCGUAUUUCUUUUCAUUCCAAAGUAGUGGUCAUUUGUAAAUUUGUAUUGAAAAUAGUGUCUUCAAGUUUGGAUAAUAAAAAAAAUCAAAAAAAUCUUUGUAAUAGUAGCCAGUAGUCUUAGAUUUUGUACCAUGUUUAAAAUAUAAUAAACAAAGUGUUCUCAUACACUGCCUUCUUGUAGUAUAAAUAUUUACAAUUGUAUUCAAUCUGUACAUUCACAUUAACAAAUGUUCGUGUUCCAAAAGAAAUGCACAUCAAAGUACUUUAUUCACUUGUCCUAAUACACUUUUGUGACGUCAUCCGUCUACAACUAAUAUUUUAAGAUUUUUAGACCUUUAGUGAUGUAAUUAUAGUUGUGACGUCAUAAACGUUUGAUCGUUUUCGUGGAAUUUUAUCAGGCUCAUAAAUCUUUUUGAGUGAACAUUUUACUGUUUUUCUAACAAUUGUGAAUGUGACUGUACGUCGUGUGAUGGUUUGAUGAACGGCAGUUUUUUU